AUGGAUGAUGAACGCGGGCCGGUGCUUACCGCCCCCACCGUCGAUUCGGCCCCGACCGUGACGCCCAGCCUCAAGAAGGACCUUACUCAAGUCGCUGUGACCGAAGCGACAAUGUCUGAACAGCCAGAUCAGAGCUUGCUCAACCUGGAUGCGCAAAAAAAUACCGGAGGUGAAACGGCAUCAGACAGCAACAAUGCCGAGAUUGCGAAAGAGAAGCCACAGCAGACAACUUCAACCACUGAUGCCAAAACGUCAGCUACCAAAGAUGAAUCACCCAAUACCAACACAGAGCUUCCCCUGAAGGGUGUGCUCGCGAAAAUAAAUGAUCUUGAGAAAGAGCUCGCGGAAGUGAAGGCCCGGCUGAAAAAAUCAGAAGCGAGUGACUCCACUACCGAUUCGGAUAAAGAAAACGAGGAGCUGAGUUCAGAAAUCAAACGACUACCCUUUGAUCAAUGGCAACCUGGCCCCGCGUUCUUUAAACGGACAGACAUCAGCAAGACCAACGUUCUCGUUGUCUAUUCGAAGAAGGUGUCGAACUCCAACGCUUCAAGAGCAGAUGAUUCCACAACAGAAGGGGAGCAUGAUAUGAGAGAGAAAGUCGAAAGAGUCCAGAUCAAUUCACAAGUUCUCGUAGAAGAGCUUGGAUCCAUCACUGGCCUCUCACUUUCCAAGACGCCGUGCAUCAUGGUCCCGCCGUUCAAGGUUCUCGUUUCCGAGAGAGAUAAAAUCAAGACACAACUUGAUGUUAGGCAGAAAGAGCUCAGCAAGAUCGAAGAGCAAGUAACAACACCGCCAAAGGUGGGGCCUAAGACGUCGGACGAGGAUGAGAAAGAGACAAAACAAAAGAAAGCGAAAAGACUAGUCGAUCACCUCAGCUGCCUCAUAAACUUCAUUGAUGGAGAUCUGAAGAGCAUACUGGAGCUGACGCAGAAGAUUGCUGAUGGAACGCUGGAGAAGAUAUCUUUCGACAAUCUGUGGUAUCUUUUCAGCCCUGGCGAUAUCAUCUUCUCAUCAAUUAGACCCGGCAAGGGCAACGAUGAUUUCUCCUACCCCCGCGCAUUUUGUGUCCACAAGGUUACGGGUGGGCGGAAGGUUCUGAGCGGCCGAACGACCAAGGCCAGCACUCAGGUACACGACAAGUCCUCCACGGCCGAAAGUGAUGUGCGGAAAGCAGAAGAAAUGUCAAUGGGGGCAAUGGGCGUGACAGUUAGCCCAUUCAAGCUCGACAUACACUAUGUGGAUUUCGAUGGUACCUACAUCGGAGCUCAAACGAUCGACAAGUCCGUCAUCAAAUACUAUGAGGGGGAGAAGAUGAUCACGAAUCUUGAUUUCUAUCCAGCACGGUUCGAUCCGAGACAAAAGGACAAGUUUCGAGAAAUCGAAAAAAGAGGCGAAAAGUUCAUCUCACUCGUCGAGCGACCAGCACACAUGCUCCACGAUGGCAUGACUGUCGGCGAAGAUGCGGAACACAUCCACGGUGAAGUACAGAUCGACUUCCGAACGGGAUACAGCAUGAGCGACGAAGUGGACCCUAAGGCUCUCGACAUUGGAAAUCUCAAAUGGAGUUCAGGGGAAGAUAGUGAAGUCUGGGAAGCGGGAGAGGAGAAAUGCUCGAGCGAAUUCUGCAUGUUAUGUACUAACAACUUCGACGACAACAAGUACGACCACAAGCGCUAUGACGAGUAUCACGCGGAGCAUGCAUUAAAGCCCGUCCACAUCGAUGAUUUCGAAGACGAGCUAGGGAGAAGGGGGAAUAGAAAUUUGUUCGGCAGAUUGACCCCAAGAGAGGUGCUGGGAUAUUUUUUCCGAACGCGUGAAUGGCAUCUUUUUAAUAUGGACAACCUCAGAAAGGUGGAUACCGGCAAUCUGAAAAAGGUAAGCCCUUUCGAUGAACUCGUCAUAAAAGAGGACCACAAGAGACUUGUGCUCGCACUUGUGGAGAGCCACCAGUCGGGGUCGAUCAAAAUGAAGAAGAAGAAAAACAAUUCUCUCGAGGCUCCUGACGUGGCUUCAUCAAUGGACCUCGUGAAGGGAAAGGGCAAAGGCCUUGUCAUUCUUUUGCAUGGUGUUCCAGGCGUCGGUAAAACAUCGACAGCGGAGACUGUUGCAGAAUACACCGGCCGCCCUCUCUAUCCAAUCACUUGCGGAGACAUUGGACAGGUCGCCAGCGAUGUUGAGAAGAAUCUCGAGCGACAUUUCAAGCUGGCUCAUAAAUGGGGCUGUGUACUUCUACUUGACGAAGCGGACGUCUUUCUCGCCGAAAGAGACCGGGUUGGAGACGUUGCUCGAAACGCCCUUGUUUCCGUGUUCCUCAGAACCCUGGAAUACUAUUCAGGCAUCUUGUUCUUGACAACGAAUCGCGUUGGUACUCUCGAUGAGGCAUUCCGGUCCCGCAUCCAUGUGCAACUCUACUACCCGCAUCUCACGAAGGAGUCAACAAGAAAGAUAUGGGAGAACUCGCUUCGGAAAAUCCAGAGAGAGAACGAGGAGAACAGAGCGCAGCAAAAUGAGGACUAUGUGGAGAUUACAUUCACGGAGGAUGUUCUUCUCAGAUUCGCCGAAAAUCAUUUCGAGGAGUCCCAGACGAACCCCGACAAGAAGAUAUGGAACGGUCGACAAAUCAGGAACGCCUUCCAGACCGCUAUCGCAUUGGCUCUAUAUGAACGGAAGGAGCGAAUCCGGAAGGCUGCCAACGAUCAAGGCAAAAACCCCGCCGAACUGGAAAAGAAGAAAGCUUAUCGCUCAGCAAAGCUGUUGAAGAGGCACUUUGAAGAAGUCGACAAAGCUGCGCAGCAAUACUUCAAGUAUUUGCGUGAUCUGGAUGGGCUGGAUCCGGACGAAAGGGCUCAUCAAGAGCAUGUCCGGGCGGUGGACAGAGAUGUCAACAUUACCCCUACCCCAACUGGACGAGCUACACGGCGACCCCAGGUAGCUGAUAGCGGAAGAAACGCCCUUUCUGCAAAGAGCUCGAAAUCAUCGUCUGCCAAAAUUAAGAGACCAUCGCCAUUCAAGAAAGCACCAGUAUAUGACGACGAUGAAGAUGACGAAGACGAUGAGAAUGAGGAAGAAGAUGACGAAGAUGAGGAGAAUCAGCAAGAUGAGGAUGACGGCGAUGAGGAAGAGGAUAGCGAAGAGAGGGACGAAGAAUAA